CCUUAGCUUACUUGGACCAGGAUCAUCCUCUUUGGAUAAUCAGUGGCCGCCGGGGACUUUUGCUUGCGCGGCGUCGGGUUUCGGCGUCACUCAAUUCUUUUUAUAAACAUAUCACACGUCGAUCUCAUUCGCUCUUAACGGACGCUGCUGUCGGAGAUUGAAUGCUCGCUCCGCCGCCUCGCUCACUGCACGACUCUAGCGAUUUGCUUUGCUCAGGACCACGAAGUACAGAUCGAGCUGAAAUCCAUUUAAAGGAGCGGCGUCGUAGACCGCCAUCGAGUACCAAUUGAGACUUUGUUGUGGAUGAAAAUUGUAGAGUGCGGGGGCGUUUUCAGUAUAUCGGAUUUAGAAGGUUGAGUCUGAAUUUCCUGUCGUGGUGGCCAUGGGUGUAGCGACCGGGUUGAGUACGGGGUGUUUGCCUGAGAGCUUCAGGACUGGAAAGCUUUGUCUUGGUAUGAUAGGCAAUCAGAAGUUGAAUGUGGAGGGGUACAGCUUGAAGAUCGUGGAGGAGGAGAUUGACGAAGUGUUGUCUGAGUGGUGGGGAUGCCGAGCUGCGCAGAUUCAGAAAACUGGUGUAGAGGAUAAGAGUCCUCUGAUCCAUAGCUUGCCAGACGACGUUAUGAAGCUAAUUUUUGCGCAGUUGCCUCGACAAAGCUUGGCCAAGACGCGAUUGGUUUGUUCAUCGUGGAGACGGGUGGCUGAGGACCAGGACAUUGCUUCAUUGCGCUGCAAGGCGAUUUUGCAGAUGGACGUCGCUGAAGGGUGGAUAUACGUGCUUCCAGAUUUUCCCCAGGGAGCUCCAUUUCGCGCAUACGAUCCGAUUGCUGCGAAGUGGUCCGUGCUCCCUCCCACUCCCAGGCGUUCCGAAAGCCAACAAUGGGUAGGAUUUGCCUCUGUUGCUCUUGGCCACAAAUUGCUUCUUAUAGGCGGAAGUCGAUCAAAGAGUGAUGCCGCUUCAAACAUACAUUCCACAUCAGUGGUGUGCAGCGACGUCAUAAUCUACGACGCACUCACCAACAAGUGGAGGAAAGGCGCAAAGAUGAACACUCCUAGGAGCUGGUUCGCAUCCUCUAUGAUAGGUGGCAAAGUCUAUGUCGCUGGCGGACAAGGGAACACGCGAUUCCUCGACUCGGCUGAGGUUUACGACCCAGAAACCGAUACAUGGAAGGUAAUAGCUAGCAUGGCAGUUCAGAGGUCGAAUUGCGAGGGAGUUGCGCUCGACGGGCAGUUCUGGGUUAUCGCUGGUGAGUAUGUUAAGAAUCACUAUAACAACAGCCAGAGGAGCUCCGCCGAGGUCUACGAUGCCGAGACUGACACAUGGCGCUUCGUGCCCAAUAUGUACAUGGAUGACAAGAAGGUAAUGGAACCCAGCGCAGUUGUGAACGGUGAGCUCAUCUGCGUGCACCAGAAAAGAGUCAUGGCAUACAAUAAGACUUUGAACUCUUGGAGCCAGCUGGGACACAUAAACGGCGGGGAGGUUUACGCAAGGUCCUUCUCGAGGUUUGGAUUCGCCUGCGAGAGUGUGGGCAGCAACCUAUACAUCAUCGGGGGCACGCGAGAGUACUCGCAGAAUCGUCACCGAUACUGCUCCGCACUGAACUCUGUUGAGGUUUGUGACCUUGCAGCCGAGAAGCAGUCGUUAUCGUUGAGGUGGAAUUCAGGAGCGGACAUGGGUGGCAGCCGCGGCACCAUCUCUGCUUCCUGUGUCGCGUGGUUGUGAUCUUACACAGUCGGUUUGAUUCUAGCAUUUUCCGUUGUUGGUGUCCGAAAUCGGAGAAAACUUGGAAGUGCCCAGCAAAGUUUGAUUUUAAUUUUGGUCCCCUUCAUUAGAUUACGCACUUCUAGUCUAAAUCUAAAUAUUGCGGAAUUCAGUCUUCAAUAUGUGCAAAAGCAUUUUUGUAGUUGAUAGAUGAGGCUUUAUGGAGGUAGGAUAGCCAGAUUGUAUAUACUACGUCGUGGGUUGCGGUACGAAAGCCCAGAAAUCCCUGGUAAUUUUUUAUUUUUUAUUUUUUUUUAACUUGAUAGAAUUCUGUGGUGUGACAAUGAGAAAUAGUUUCCAACUUUCUAGAGAACGAUUGUUUCCAAUCAUGUUGAACUGGUGUUUUGGAAUUUAAAGUUGCAAAUUUUAGUGCAAUGUUGUCUAA